ACCGCCGAAUGUCGUUUCGCUUUGGGGACACGCUUUGCUCCUGACGUUACUCCGGUGUUGCUAUGGUAACUGCGCUAAACAAACAGUUAUGCUUCGGUCGAUGUUUUGGCGUGGCGUACAUUUUGUACAUUUCUUCGUGGAAAACGCACGCAAAACAGCAUGGGUGAAGAGUUUGGUAAAUCCGGCCUGUACAUUGACGAUCUGUACACGCUGCGGGUGAUCGAUCCGGAGGUAGCGAACGAAACGAACGAGCUGAAGGAUGAGUGUGAACGGUUCACCGAGAAACUGACCGAUUUUCGCCGGAUCAUCGAUCAGUUUGCCAACAUUGUCGAGGUGUUUGCGGCGGAAGUCGACCAGGAGAAGAUGCGUGCGGUGGGCGUGCAGAACAUGCUGAAAACGUUCUCCAAGCAGCGCGAAUCGGAACAGCAGCAAAUACAGAGCGAAAUAAUCGAGAAAAUGGUCGAACUGGAUAAGCUGAAGAUCGAGUACCAGUAUCUGCAGCGGAUCGAGUCGGAGCAGCAGGAAAUGAUCGACAAUUUCUACCAGAACCAAUGAAAAACGUGAUUCGCAGCGUUUAUAUCUAAUAGAAUGUUUUUAUUUUUUAAU